UCGCCGCGGCUUCACCCACGUCUUCAUGUUCCUGAUCCUGGCCGGCUACACUGCCCUCGGCGCCCUGCUCUUCAUCGCCAUCGAGUCGCCGCACGAGACGGACGAGAAGAACGACAUCGACGAAGCGAGGCUGCGGCUGAUGCGAGGGCUGUGGGACGAGCGCAACAGCGGGGGGAACUUCACCGACUGGGAGGCGCUGGCCAAGGACCUCCUGAAACCGUACGACGAGCAGCUGUACCACUCCUUCACCAUCGGCGUCUCCCCGGACACUGACACGAAGGUCUGGACGUUUUGGAAAGCGAUGUUCUUUUGUUCGACCAUCACCACGACUAUCGGUGAGUUGCUGUAUGUUUUUAUUUUAUUUUAUUUUUAUUUUGUUUUAGUGUGGGUGUCGUUUAUAUUUUUCGUCCGUUUUAUUCAAGGGGUGUUUAUAUUUUUUGUCUUUAUUUUGCUGUUGUUGUUGUUGAUUUUAUAAGGUGGUUUUCGUUGCUUUUUUUCAUGAAUUCUGGUGAAAUUUAUCUUUUAUUUCUUUAUUGCCUUUUUAUCAUCCACGAAAAGAAACGAAAGAAAGAAAACUUUCACUUUUCGAGCGAAAAAAUAUCCAGGUUUCACUAUAUCGCAAAGAAUAUCAAAGUACCUUUUAUCAUGCGAAAAAAUAAUGAAUACAUUUUAAGAGUUCACGAGCACACGAAUCAUUAAUAUGAUAUU